AUGAGGGUCGGCCACUUUUCCUUCGUUCGACUUUUCCUUUUGCUGAGUUUGUUGGUGCAGCGCCUUCCCGUGCAGAAGCAGCAGCAGAGUUCCAUUCCACCGUGGAGGUACCCCGAUGAAGGGGACGACCACCAACCCCGGAACGCCUUCGCCCACGUGAGCAACCAGAUGAAAGGAACGUGUGAUUUUUCGACAGCGCCCCUAAAUGUGUCCAGCAGUGAGAAUGACAUAGUGCCUCUGCUAGGUGGAGGUGACGCCCCGUUGGGUGACGCCCCUCUCAAUGGUGAUCGCCCCGAUGAACGAGUACAACACUGUGUGCAGUUUACGAAAGGAAUGGAAGUGCUCACGUUCGUGUGCCCCAAAAGGAACACUGAGGAUUACGUCGGAGUGGAAGUCAGACCAAUGGACUGCUUCGAGACAGUUCGUAUGCCAAACGGGAAUAGCAAAAAAUUAAGUAACGUGUUGAAAGGAGUCCAGCUGGAAAAUAGAGACACGGACUUGCUAAGCAUCAGGAAGGUUUUCAUCCCACCGACCAUUUAUAGAAAUGUUAUUUUCGAGUGCACAUGUGAUAACAGCCUAACCUUUUGGAAUAACAGAAUGGGUGCCAGGGGUAUAAUGCGUGUUCACCUUAGGAAGAACAUCCUCUUUGGCUGCGAUUUCGACCACACAGUGGGUGAAGAAUCUUUAGAAGAUGUAACGAACGCACUACCUGUAGGAGGAGACGCUACCGGAGGGGCGUCCGCUGAUUGGUCCUUCUGGCGGAACUUCGGUCCUACUGCAGAGGAACUUGCAGAAAAAAACAAAACGGCCUUCUCCCAAUUUUAUACUGAAGGAGAAGUGAAAGACGCGAAAGAGAAGGGCAUCGUUUGUAACGUGAAAAUAACAAAGAGGGAAGUCUACCUGGGGUUGGUAUGCCCCCCCGGAUAUGAAAUGUAUCCGUCUAAUUGUUUCGAGAGAGUGCUAUACAAGGAUAGCAUAGUGCGGAUGAGUGAGUUAAUUAAACACCAUGCUACGUUUCAUGUGGAUAGCAACAGGAGGAUGUCUUUUGCGACUUUUACGCUAAACAGGAAUGAGAACCCAGCUGGGUUCACCUGCCUCUGUGUUCGCGUGGAUGUCCCGGAGGCGCCUCCCCUACAGGCAAACUUUGUUUACAACAAUUAUGAAUCCUUUGGAUUUCACUUCGGUUUGCUUUACUGGUUGGUGGUGCUGCUUCUGUUGAUUCAUACCUCUUCGUAUAACUCCAUGCAAUUCCCCGUCAUGCGCGUGGUGAAGGCCUCCCUGUGGGGGCAGCUGCUCGUCUGGUGGUUAACCACUCCGGUGGACGGAUUCACACACACGUGUGACUUCAACGACGAGCUAACCCUCGAGUUUGACGAUCAGCAAAUGGCCAAUAGAGAAAGAAUCUGUACCCUAAAACCAGACGUGCUAGAUAAGGUAGUCAUAAAAUGUGGGUCCGAAAAAAACAAAUACGAGUUGUUGCCAAAUAACUGUUUCGAACAAGUGUAUACAUCCAAGUCGAUGAGAAAUGCACAACACUUGGUGCAGUAUCUUCAUGGAGCUGCAGCCAUUGUGAAGAGGAAACAAAACCAAUAUAACAACUCAAGGGAGAGAAGAAACUACGAUGAUGUAUUUUUUCGAGUGCCACCAAACAUGGAUAACGAACGAAAGGCAGUCUACUGCCUAUGCCAGAAUAAAGCCAAAAUAAGGGUCCGAAAAAAAAGUGGACAUAUAUACGAUAAGGAUAUUUUCAACACCGGUAUUGUGGAAGUUGUAAUUCCUACUCUUCCCCAAAGGAUUAUCGGCUGUGACUUUACUGAGAACACAUCUCCCUUGUUUACCAAAGGGUAUGACGUGAAUUUUUACAAAAAAGUAGAAAACAAUGAAAACGAAGAUGACGUCAUUUGUAGGGUUAGAGCGACGGAAGGGAAAUUCAUUGGCUUUAAAUGUCCAGCUAACUAUAGCAUCGAACCUGAGGAAUGCUUCCUACAAGGAUUUAACCUCAGUGGCAAGAAGGAACCACUUCAGACCAAGGUUAACCUGAAAGAACUAGUUAUGGAUCAUUACAACAAAGUCUUCUAUGCUCGUGUUCCCGACAGGAUAUACCAAAAUAUGCACUUCUUUUGUGCAUGCGUUUUGGAGCAAAAGAGAUUGGUUGCCCACUUUGAGUUUAUUGCCACUUCAGGUGAUGGAAUUAGUAUGAGUGAAGCGGGUGGGAUGAACGUUUUGCAGGGCCGCAGUGCUGGGACUGUAGCCACUGGAAUGGGUUUCCUCCUGCUUCUGCUCUCUGGAGUCCUUUACUUUAUGUUGUAG